UUUGAAGAUUUCACUGUAAUAUUUUUCUUCUUGUUGACAGAGAAAGUUUCUACCAACAAAGGAUGAUUUAAGGAUGUUUUAAGAAGUAAGCUAAAGUGAAUGUGCAGGGUUUUAUUAGGACAGGGGUGAAUAAAGAUAUUGUUAUUACCCACAUUUUCCUAAACCUGCAAACCCGGGAAGUUCAACUCGCAACUUAAAUAUUUAGACUAAAGCAGAUAUCAAAUGCUUUUUAAAAAAAUAUCUGAAACACUCUAUUGCUCAGUUUUUCUAUACCCCCUUACACAAAUUUACUGGUCAGCCAGAGAAGUUUUCAGUGCAUUAGGAAUAAGUCAUAUGUAUGUUAUGAAGAUUGUUUACAGGUACAGAGAAAAUGAUUCAUUGUGAAUUAAAUUAGUUACAGACAUGUUAUCCCUGCAAUGACGCAUCUGACUUACAAAAAGUGUGUUCUCUUGCAUUUUCUUGCUUUUUCGGUUUUAAGCUUCUGUUGUGUGGUACAUAAAAAGAAGUAUAGGUAUAUUUACAUGUAUAGAGAACACGAUUCAGUGAAUUAAUUUAGUUACAGACAUGCUAUCCCUGCCUUACAAAAAGACGUUCUGCCAUGACCUGAGAACUUAACUGAGAACCUAAACAGACAACCCAGAAAAUAGCUUGUCAACAUGUAAAAUAGCUAUCAACAAAGAAAACAAACACGGAAGCAAUCAGAUAAAACGGUCUAUUUACCUCGACGGUACCCUGUAAAGGUUUGAAGUCCAAGAUUUUAGUGGUUUUCCAGUCAUCUGCAGAUUCAAAGGUUUCAGUGUUCAAGGAUCUUCCACACUGUUCCACUUAACUCUCAUGCCGUCACUGGUUUUAUUACUGAUUCCAUUCCUGAUCACGGCUAGUGAACUCUCAAUGAAGUGAAGCUCUGACUGAAGACAAAUAAUGGUAAAAUGAAAAGAAUGAACAGAAUAUACUCCCUUUCACACACGCAGAUGAGUCACAGUAACACCAAGACAACAUUCAAAAUUCAAAAUCAUACCGAUAUACCGUUAUUUGUUUCCAUACUGCAUCAAAUUUUUUUCCAGCAGACAUUUUGCAACUCACAACUGUUUAUCACAAAUAUUAGAACAAGAGCUGAUAGGAUGACUCACUUAUACUAAACAUGAAAAGUUCAAAUAGCACUACAUACACAUUUUCUUUUAAACAGCUGUACUGCAUGCACUCUGCACUGUGCCAGUCUGCCUACACAUUUUCCAGUAACUCAAAGUUAAGAUUAAAGUGUUACAUUAACAACUGGCUUAUACUAACAUUGUUAAUGAUCAUCGUAGGGGGAAAAAAAAUAAGAACACUUGUGUCUGAGUCAGAGUGAUCUGUUUUCUUAUUGAUAUUUAAUGGGAAUUUCCUUUUUAAUCAGUGCAUGUUAAGAAGUUGACCUACAAGGGUCAGACUUACGUUUAAGAUGUAUCGUGGGGGGGAUAGAGGAGGAGAACAGACCGAGGCAAGACUCAAGUUCAGGGCAGACUAUUUAAAUGUUGGAAACCUGCAAAGAAGCCAGUUAGAGGAGCACAUUUCAAGAAAUCCAGGUAAGAGAUUAGAUUUUUUUUCCCCACAGUAAAUGCAAAAAAUAUCCAGAGGAAGACGUUAUUAAGGUUAUACUUUUUUUUUCUGCAUGUUUUUAUUAUGUCUUUUUUUAUAUGGCUUUUUUCUUUUUGUCUAUUUAAUGAAUUCAUUUUUCCUUUUUAGGAUGCGUAACAUUCUGGCCCUUCUCUGCGUCUUUCUUAUGGCAGCUCAUCAGAGCACUAGUCUUCUCACAAAGGGAGAAUCCAUCAGAAACACCAUACACAACAUUGUAAACAUUGCUCAGAUAACCCUUGUCCACAUUAAGAAACUAAAGUUGCUGGCUUCACCGAUAGGUGUUCCCCCUCCUUCCAUUGUAGGACUAAGUAAUAUAAGCCAUGAGCUUGGAGUUUUGGAUAUUGAACUGCAGCAGCACCCUUUCCUCAUCCAGAUUCAGGCUGAUGUCUCCAGCUUGGAAGGAAGGGUGCGCUCCCUCGCCUUCUCAAUGGAGUGUCCCCUUAAGCCCAAACCAGCAGUACAGAUGAAUGAGAGUGUGUUCCCAGAAAGCCACCUUUACAUGACAGUGACAAAGGUGCAGCACUACCUAGAGGAACUUCUUCUCAACAAGGGCAAACUCAAGCUCUGCUAACAAAUUUAGCUUGAUGCAUAUAUAGUAAGCCAGGACUUGACCCAGUGUAGGCAAAGGUUAAUUUGUCUUUUUGAUGCAUAUUUUCUAUACAUAUAAUUACUACGUGGACAACUGUCAGUCGUUAAAAGCAUGCAAUUAAUUCCAAUAAUUCAGCGAUUUGUAAUAUAAUGAAAAAAACUAUAAAGGGCAUCUUUUAUUUCAUACAACAAAUGUUUUAUAGGGUUUUACAGAUAGAUUAAAAUACUCAUACAUUUUUUAAGAAAAUACAUUUUUUAAUACUUUAUGGCAAACUGUUUUACACACGUUUGACAUGGUGUGUGUUUUGAGGGUCAGGAUGGGAAAAAUGAGACACUACAUAGUACUUGGAGGUUGUGUGAAUAAGCAUGAUUGUGGUCAUUUCUGCCAGUAAAUAAAAUUAAUGCAAAGAAUUGCAUGGUGCUAUGAAACUAUUGCCAGAGAAAGCAUAUAAGACCUUUUGAUGACUGUGCAAUCUUAACUGUUUUUUAGUGGAUGCUUGUCUCAGUGGUCUAUUGAGCAGAACCAUUAAGCGAAAGGUUAUUAGGUUGUGUUUAAAAAUGAAAUGUGUUAUUUUUUUGUAAUAAAGUUUGCAAUAACAAAUUC